CCAUGAGAGAGUACAAAGUGGUGGUGCUGGGCUCGGGCGGCGUGGGCAAGUCCGCGCUCACCGUGCAGUUCGUGACGGGCUCCUUCAUCGAGAAGUACGACCCGACCAUCGAGGACUUCUACCGCAAGGAGAUCGAGGUGGACUCGUCGCCGUCGGUGCUGGAGAUCCUGGACACGGCGGGCACCGAGCAGUUCGCCUCCAUGCGGGACCUGUACAUCAAGAACGGCCAGGGCUUCAUCCUCGUCUACAGCCUCGUCAACCAGCAGAGCUUCCAGGACAUCAAGCCCAUGCGGGACCAGAUCAUCCGCGUGAAGCGGUACGAGCGGGUGCCCAUGAUCCUGGUGGGCAAUAAGGUGGACCUGGAGGGCGAGCGCGAGGUCUCGUACGGCGAGGGCAAGGCCCUGGCCGAGGAGUGGAGCUGCCCCUUCAUGGAGACGUCGGCCAAAAACAAAGCCUCGGUGGACGAGCUGUUCGCCGAGAUCGUGCGGCAGAUGAACUACGCGGCGCAGCCUACCGGCGACGAGGGCUGCUGCUCGGCCUGCGUGAUCCUCUGAGCGCCCCCGCACCCUACCCGGCCGCGCUCGGCGCACAAAAGCCAAACCACCGACUCUUCUGCAAUGUGAUUCUUGGUGUUUUUUUUUUUUUCCCCCUCCCUCUUUGCUUUGAGAUUGGAGACAACUUUGCAAGGGCCGGGGUGCUCCCGGGAGCUCUGCCGGCCUGCGCGCCCUGUGUUCCAAGGGAGUGUCCAGUCCUGACCAUCCGACGCCCUGGUGGAAGUGUGGCUCUGGUUUUUGGUGUUUUUUUUUCUUUUUUUAAAAUUUUUUGCAGCAUGUACAUUUUUCGUUGAUUUGGGUUGACGCCCGUUGACACCCCCCCUCCGCCCCUCCUCUUCUGAGUCGCCCGAAAAGGCUCUGUUACUGCCAAUUCGACACCCGGCAAGCAAAAAAGUUUCAGCUGCAAAAAGAUGGGGGGAGGGGGAAAGGAAGUGGAAGGGGAGAAGGAGAUGAGGCUGGGGGCGGGGUCCUCCUUUUUGUGUGUGUCUAUGUGUCAACAACUGUUUUCUGGUUCCAAGUUUUAAAUACCUGGAAGGAAGCCCAGGAGAACCAUAUGAAGGAGCAAGGAGGAGAGGAGGAAACGCUUGAGUUUUUCCCUUGUUUUCCAGGAGUAGCUGGAAGUUAAGAUUGGGUUCCUUUUCUGCCAGCUUGGAAGGGCAACCCCGUGACUGCAUCUGAGGCUGUCUAUGCAAAGUUGGAUUCUUGUUGCCGUGUAUCCAAUCGGAAGUAUUGCACACGUGAACUGGGACUGUUAACACUGAGGCCAAUACAGUGUGGGGUGCCAGAAAGUGUCUGCUGAUAUUUGUGGAAAGAAAAAAAUUCUAUUUUGUUUACCUACUGUAUCAAAAGGGAGUUGGGGGGGUGGGGAGAAUGGUAGUAUUUUUUUUUAUCAGCUGUGAAAAAAAAAUUGUUACAGAUCUGCACAUUUGCCUGUGUACCAGUGUGUGUAUGUGUGUGUGUGUGUGUGUGUGUGUGUGUGUUGAUAAACCUAGCGCUUUUUUGAUGUUUAAUUUUUUUUUUUUUUAAGAUUCUAAGGAUUUGCUUUUUAAGACACAGUACAAAGACUUUGUGCGUGUGAUUCAGGGCCCCCAGCACCCCUGCGUCUGCAGAGUGCCUUCAAAACUCAGCUGGUCCAGCCGGUGCCAACCUGUGAACUUCCCAUGCCACCCCCCACCUGCUCUUCCCCCAAACCACUUGUCAGUGUCCUUGUAGCAAUCUCCCAGCCAGGACAAUAGGCCUGUUGUUCAGUGAAUUUCUUUCAUUAUGUUCAGCCUUUAAAAUGUAAUUUCCAUGUUUUGCAAUGGGUUGGUUUCUUUUUUUUUUUUUUUAAUUUCUGGGCUUCAUUUUGUUCCAGUGUUCAGGUUAGCUCGUUCUUGAUAUUGUUUUUACUUUUUUUAUUAUUAUGUGUUAUAAGAUGUUCCUUCAGAAGCAAAGAGUAAAAUUUUGCUGUUGUGAUGUACCAAGAGAAUUCUAAUUGUAAUUUUUAAUUCCAUGCGUCUCCUCAUUGUCUCUUCAUUUUAAGACUUUUAAUACAGAUGUCGUUUUU